AUGGGAGACAUACCCCAAAAUGAUGCGGGCGUCAAUGGAGCUAACAACAUUCCACAAAACCAACAGCGAGCAGCUCGACCUAUUGGCACUUACGACCGUCCCAACAUUCAUGUCUACAGUGGAGACCACGAUAGAGGCAGCAGAACAGAUGACAAGCAGACAGGGAAGGAGUUAAAGGCUCUACAGGAUAAGAUAUACAUCCUCAUCGCUGAUAAAGCCACCCAAGAGCAGCUGCACUUUGUUGGUAACCCAAGCCAAGAAACACCACCUAUUGUCCUUGAGGUUGAGGGUUUGGAAGAGAUCUUGGAGAAGAUAUUGGAAGCCCAAGGUAAAGGAAAGGUUGGGGAAGAGAAGAAGACAUUAAAGGAUGGUGAAGUUGUUACUUCAGCAAGUGAAAGUUCUUUUGUUCCUCCUCCCUAUGAACCCAAACUUCCAUUCCCUGGUAGAUUCAAGAAGCAGUUGCAAGAGAAGUACAAGGCUCUGUUUGAGAAGCAAAUGAGUGAAGCUCAGGUUGCAAUGCCCAUCAUCGAUGCUUUCAUGUUGAUUCCUCAAUACAUCAAGUUCCUGAAAGAUGUUGUAGCUGCAAAGAAGAAGGAGAUGAAAGGCAUGAUGAUUCUUACCCAUGAGUGCAGUGCCAUCAUCCAAAGGCUUGAUGUUCCAGAGAAGUUAGAGGAUCCAGGAUGCUUCACACUACCUUUGAAGUACCCUGUGGGCAUCUUAGAGGACCUCCCUGUGAAGAUUGGAAGGUAUGAGAUACCUACAGAUUUUGUGGUGCUUGAGAUGGGUGAGGAGGCUCAAGACCCAUUGAUUCUAGGAAGGCCAUUCUUAGCUACUGCAGGAGCUAUUGUUAAUGUGAAGGAGGGCACGAUUGAUCUCCAUUUAGGUAAAGAGAACAUCCUCCACUUUGACAUCAAGGAGAAAAUGAGGAAACCAACUGUAUUCGGGCAAGCCUUCUACAUUGAAGAGAUGGACACUCCUGCUGAUGAGCACCUUGAAGUGUUACCAUCUGAGGACGACGAGGAGGGAGCAUCUCCCUCUACUCAUUCCCCAUAG